UGCGUCCCUCCCAUAUAGGCGGAGCGCCGGAUACAUAGAAAAUGUCAACAACAUGCCGGAGUCUUCCAGAGAAACAGAAACCGACGAGAGACUGACAGACAGACAACAAAGAGAUCCAGGAAAUCGAUCGACUCAUAACAUCGUGUCUUUAAUAUCUCAGUUUGCAGAUGAUAAUUUAACGUUUGUGCGGAACAUAAGCACAGGACUGGCAGUUGCUGGUGUCAUUGUCAUUGCAAGGAGUAUCAAACUGGUCACCAAAUUUCAUGCUGCUUCUGAGAUCCCUGCUCGUUUUAUUGAGAGGAACGUCAGCCUUCGUGGGAAAGUUCAUUCAAUCACAGAGAGAGGACUUGAAGUGGAACAUGUCCCAAUUUAUCUGCCAGUUGUCUCUCCGAUUAUUUCAAAACACAAAGGUGUGUUCACAUCCCCAAUACUGGUGCAUCUUGCAGGAGUGGAGUUGACUCCAGAGGGGAGGGUUUGGCUGCAGAAGAACUUGGCUCCUGCCCAAACAGUCUGGCUAAAACUUAUCAGCCGAGAAGAUGACAUGCUACACUGUCUGGUGUCUCAAAGCAGGCAGGGGUUGAUGUGGAGCUACUCUAUGAAUGAAGAGGUCCUGAGGCUCGGUCUGGCUCGCACUGCGCCCGUAGUCGGGGUCCUGCCUGACUCUCGCCUCUACUGGCGUCUCCUCAAACGGCUGCACAGGGCAGAGGUCAAAGCUGAGAAGAAGGGGCGGGGACUGUGGAAGCAGGACAGCCUUUGGGAGAGAGCCUCCAAGGUUGGCAGGGACAACGCUUUAUUCAGACUGAUUAGAAGGAUCUUUAAGAGGACCUGUGACUGAUCGCUCCUGGACAGAGUUGUUUAAUUAAAAUGUGACAGCACAUAAUCUGUCUCAUUUAUUCUGUAUACCUGUUGUUGCCAACUAAUAUGUUACACAGAAGGAGUUUGACAGCCUUACCACAGGCUGCACAAAGUGCCAUCCAAUCACUAAUCUAUCAUGUAUGAUAGAUAUGCUUAUCAAUUCUAGAUUCCCCUGAUCUUACAAAAAACAAGAACUUUAAUUCUUAAUUUACAUUCUGCAUAACACCUGUUGCAAUGGUUUGCGUUUUAUUUCGACUAUGUUUCACAGAAGUUGAAAUGAUUUAAAAACAUAUUCCAAACCCUGAUACUAAUCCUUUGCCUUUCACUUACCCCAUUAGACCACAGCUUAGCACAGCCUCCUCUGUAGCAGUGUCUGUGUGUGGGACACCCCACUAAUCACAAAACGAAGGCAGGGUAUGUUAAUGGUGUUCAAAAUUGAGUAGGGGGUCCCUCUCACUGUUGCUAUAGAAACACCAAAUGUGAAAGCAAAGGCUAAACUCUAUAUGGCCAACCUCAAACCCCAUGGGAGCCUUACAUGAUGUGUGUAUGUGUGGGGAUCUUUAAGUACCUACAAAGAGGACCCUUUUAGCCGUAACAUGACCAAGGCAUUUGACUACUAAAAUAGAACUGAAAUGAAAAACAGCCUGUAAACUGUCCCGAUUUCACGCUGUGUCAUUGUAGCAAUGAAUGAAGAACACAAAAUCAACCCCUCUUGACAAAUAAGCCCCAAAGCAAAUUUCCUGUGUUUCCAGGAUUACACUCAUGUACUUGUCUUUAUUGUUUGCAAUACAAGUCAACUGCCAAAAUUGCACCGCGUGCUUCAAUGUGCUGUGGUUACUAUCCAUGCUUCAUCCAAGCACGGCAGAGGAGGAGGAGGAGGAGGAGGAUGAGGGCCUUCAAAUG